UCGUGCAAAACAUAUAAAAGCAAGCAAAGAUUAUAUUAGAUUAUAUUAGUAGUGUUUCAGAAGGAACGAUCGAUGCUAGACGUAUCAUUAUUAAAUGGACAAGAUGAAAUCUAUAUUCGUAUUUUGUGGAAUAUUAAUUGCAUUAUGUCUCUUCUGGCAAGUUGAAGGAAAUUGUCAGUGGAAUGACGAAACACUCUCAGUUGGUGAACACAUUCGUAAUUGUACAAGGAUCUUCUGCAAUGAGUCCGGCGAUUUCUCUGCACUCGCAUGUCCAGUGUAUACCUGUAAUGAAAUAAUCGGAUACGAAGACGAAGAUUUAAGUAAACCUUAUCCAGAAUGCUGUGGAGGACCAAUCUGUAAAAAUUAAAUACACCCAUGCGUUGUGCGAGCAUAUGACUAUCCGAAAGUUACAGAACAAAUGAUUGGAAGAUGAAAAUGACAUCACGUAAAAAAAUAUUUUAAACCGUUUUAUCAAAUGCAUGUUAACAGAAUUAUUGUCUAGAUUAUAGUGAAUUAUACUGAACUAUACUGAAUUAUACUGAAGAAUAUUGCCUUGGAAGUUUGUUACGUUUACUCAAUGUCAUACUCAAUGAGAAAUAGUAGAGUGAUUAAUGUUUGUA